AUGAGUAUGAAGGAAAUGUUGUUGCGGGUGCCCUCCAUCCUCAUGCUCGGGGCGAUCUACGUGGCCUACGUGCUGAUCGGCGGGGUGAUUUUCUGGAAGUUGGAGGGGGAUCUCGGCGAGAAGGACAUCAGUCUCCUGCUGCUGAACAAAAAUCGUCUGCUCACGAGGUACACCUGUCUGAACCAAGAAGGCCUGGAGGCGGUGGCUCAGGUUGUUCAGGAGGCGUCCAAAGCGGGCCUUAGUCUGAAAGGCAACUACACGUCAGACGGCUUCUGGAAAUUCACCAGCUCGGCUUUGUUCGCUGCCACCGUGGUCACAACUAUAGGUUACGGGAACAUGAGUCCCAGCUCCACCGCUGCCCAGAUCUUCUGCGUGUUCUUCGCGGUGUUCGGCAUCCCGCUCAAUAUGGUGGUGCUCAACAGGGUGGGCAAGUAUAUGCUCGCCAUAGAGAGGAACAUCUGCGACUUCCUGGAGGGGAGGACCGGUGGGUGGAGGUGUACCCGCUUUUUCGUCCACCUGGUGUCUUACCUAUCCGGAGCGGUGCUCUUCUUUGUUGUGCCCAUGAUUGUGUUCCAACUGCACGAGGGCUGGACCUUCUCCCAGGCCAUCUACUACUGCUUCAUCACCCUCAGCACCAUCGGCUUUGGAGACUUUGUGGCAGACAGCAAUCCGGACAAAGUAUACCCAGACUGGUACAGCAUCCUCAUGGCCUGGUGGAUCUUCUUCGGCCUGGCCUGGCUGGCCCUCGUCGUCAACCACUCCAUCGACAUCCUGGAGAGGCUCAACUCCCACUUCAAAGAGCGGUGGGGCGGACAGAAGCAGCAGGCUGAGUCCGGCGGCGCAGGCGUCGACAACCCAGACACGGUGGAGGAGGAAGACGGGAUCAAGAAGCCCCCGAUAACUCCGUAG